AUGUGCCAUCUACAGAUUAUCGAGACUGGAUGUGAAAUACUAUUUUUUAUUAAUCAAAAGUGGUUUCUCAUGACACAAAUCUUGGGAUUUGUCAAGCAAAGAGGGAAGAGAUGCAGUAAAUGGACUAAUGAGAAAAUGGUGGUCAGGGUCUGCAAAGCAGUAUGUCACAUGACCAUGUCCUAUCUUAUUCUAAUUCUCUACUGCAAUGGGCAGAAAUGCAGACUGGGCUUCUCGGAGCUUCAAGGGGUCACUCAGCCAGGAGAUAUCAUGUUAGGAGUGGUGCUUCCCCUUCAUCUUGCCACAAACUAUCGCCCAAUGUCCUUCACGGAGAGACCUCCCAGGACUACCUGCUCAAUGUUCCACUUCGAGAGCUAUCAACAGCUCCAAGCAAUGAUAUUUGCCAUAGAGGAAAUAAACAAAGACCUCAAUAUUCUGCCCAAUGUCACACUGGGCUUCCAAGCUUACGAUUCAUGUGAUGAUCUCCAUCUGGACUUAGGAAGCUCAUUACAAAUAUUAACGGGAACAAACUCAGCCAUUCCCAAUUACCGGUGUACUCCAGAAGUCCCCCUCUCUGCAGUUAUUGGACCGGCAGUCUCCACUCACUCAAUUCUCCUGGCACAUAUUCUGGGGCUCUACAGGUAUCCUCAGAUCAGUCAUUACUCGACAAGUCAUCUACUAAGUGACCGCAAAAAGUUUCCUUCUUUCUUCAGGACUGUUCCAAGCGACGCCUUCCAGUCUCUGGGACUGGCCAAACUGAUCUUGCAUUUUGGUUGGAGCUGGGUCGGGUUGCUGGCUAUAAAUAAUGAUUAUGGUCAACAAGGGAUUCAGAUGGUCAGACAGGAGAUAAUAAAAGGGGGAGCCUGCGUGGCCUUUACCGAGAACAUUUUGAUGAAUAGGCCAGAUCGCAACGCUCCCCACAUCGUGAAGGUGAUACGGGAGUCUACUGUCAGCGUCAUCAUUGUCUUCUCCACAGAUGUUGACCUUGUUCCAAUUCUACAAGAAAUUCUGAGACAUAACAUCACAAACAAAAUCUUUGUAGCAAGCGAAGCUUGGUCUACCUCCAGUCUCCGCUCCAUCGGACGAUUUUCCAGGCUUCUCACUGGAACCAUUGGUCUAGCUUUCUACAGUGGAAAUAUUCCAGGACUUAGCAGGUUCCUAAAUACAGUUCAACCAAACUCAUCCUUGGAACAGUAUUGGAUAAAGAUAUUUUGGGAACAGACAUUUAAUUGCAAGUUCCUCAUGGAAGGGAACUCAACAAAAGUCUCAGGCACCAUUUUCAAUGAAUGUACAGGCCAAGAGAACCUGAAAAACAUCAAGAAUAGCUUCACUGAUGUCUCCAACUUAAGGACAACAUACAAUGUGUACACGGCAGUUCAUGUUGUGACCAAAGCCUUGGAAGAUCUGAAUAAUUGUAGAAUGACCCAAGGUUCAUUGUCACAAUACAAGUGUGCAGACAUUUAUCGGCUCAAUCCUUGGCAGCUUCUCUAUUAUAUGAAGAAAGUGCGGUUGAAACUAAGUGGUGGGCAGGAACUUUCAUUUAAUGAGAAUGGAGACCCUCCAGCAGUCUAUGACAUUGUAAACUGGCAGCUAAGCCCGGAAGGAGCCAUACAACAGGUCAAGGUUGGAAGUUUUGACAUUGCUGCAUCCACCGGUCAAUUCUUUACUAUAAACACAAGCUUGUUGAUGUGGGCAACUGAGGAUAAUCAGGCCCCUCUUUCAUUAUGUAGUCAGAGUUGUCCAUAUGGAUUUUGGAAGGCUGUUAGAAGAGGAGAACCUGUGUGCUGCUAUGAAUGUGUCCCUUGUCCUCAUGGAGAGAUUACUAAUAAAACAGAUUCUGUUGAUUGUAUUAAGUGCCCAUUGGACCAGUGGCCGAAUAUUGAAAAAUCCGGAUGCUUUCCCAAGCAGCUAGAAUACCUCUCUUAUGAAGAUCCACUUGGGGCAUCCUUGACUGCUAUCAGUGUGCUAUCUUCUCUGGUCCCUGAUUUCAUUUUGAGACUUUUUGUUCAACAUAAAUCCAGCCCGAUGGUUAGAGCCAACAACUACUCCCUGAGUUGUCUCAUUCUGAUGUCCUUGUCCUUCUGUUUCCUCUGCUCUUUGGCUUUCAUGGGGUACCCGCAGUAUGAGAAAUGCUUGCUCCGUCAGGCUACCUUUGGCAUGGUCUUUGCGCUGUGCAUCUCUUGUAUUUUAGCCAAAACUAUCAUGGUGGUCCUUGCAUUUAUGGCCACAAAACCAGGCAGCAGUCUACAGAAAUGGGCAACACGUCAUGUGUCCUACAUGAUCGUUUCUGCUGGAUUCCUGUUACAAUUUGUCUUGUGUAUCAUUUGGUUGAUAACUGCACCUCCAUUCCCCCAGUACAGCACCCAUUCCCAAUCUGUAGUCAUUCUCCUUGAAUGUAAUGAGGGUUCUUCCAUCGCCUUCUGGACCAUGUUAAGUUAUCUCUUCCUUCUGGCCACCAUAAGCUUCAUUGUGGCAUUCCUGGCCCGAAGACUUCCCAACAGCUUCAAUGAAGCCCAGUAUAUUACAUUCAGCAUGUUGGCCUUCCUCAGUGUCUGGAUAUCUUAUAUCCCGGCCUCCCUCAGUGCCCAGGGCCGGUACACAGUAGCUAUGGAGAUCUUUGCCAUAUUGGCAUCUAGUUGGGCUCUGGUGAUCUGUAUGUUUUUCCCCAAGUGUUUUGUCUUAUUGUUCAGACCAAGUUUGAACUCUAAAGCUAAUAUUAUGAGAAAAGACAUAGAUUAA